AUGUGGUCCACGGCUACUCUGUCUCAGCCGAAGCUGAACGUGCAGCUGCCCACGGUCCGCGAGGACUCGGAACUGGAGGACUUUAGCGUAAGCGGUAAGACCCGCUGGUCCUACGACCAGAAGGCUGGCCACGACGCGGAGGGUGGCUGGGAAGCAUCCGACGGCGGAGAGGACAAGGACCGCUUCAAGCCGGAAGAGCCGGAGCUUGGCGGCGACAGCUCCCAGGGAAGCCGUUUAGAGGAGGAUGCUUCUAAGACCGACAACGAAAAGUCUACCUCAGAGUCAUCGCUCAAUAUCUCGAGGCACACGCCCCAUCGGGCCUACUGGGUGGAGCAGCAGAACAGGCUGCCCCUGCCCCUGACUGAACUGAUGGAGAAUGAAGCUCUGGAAAUACUCACUGAAGCCCUCCGGAGUUACCAAUCAGAGAUCGGCCGGGACCACUCCCUGACCAAACAGCUGCAGCGAUACAUCGAGGGGCUCAAAAGGCGCCGGAACAGGAGGCUGCAAGUCUUGGCGAUAUGA